CGCAGCUGACCUGAUCAGACCGGCAUCUGCCGUCAGGUGCACAGCAUUUCCCACACCCAGCUCGGCAGUACCACAGCAACCAUGGCGGACAACCUGAUUGGUACCUGGGAGUCAGUCAGUGCCGAAAACGUUGAUGCAUUUCUAGAUGCAGUAGGUGCGUCAGACUCGAAGCAGUUUGCCCGAGACAACAAGCCCAUACUCACUGUAGCCCGGGUGGACGGCGGCUGGAAACUGACCACGAAGAUAGGAGACAGGACCCGCGAUGUGAUUUUUCCCAUCGGCAAGGAGGUGGACACGGUAUCACUAAUGGGACACACGGUAAAGUCCGUUCUCACCGAGGAAGGCGGGCGACUGGUGGAGAUCCAGAAGUGGGACAUAGGUGAUGUCAAGGUGGUGCGAUCUCUUGAGAAUGACAACCUUGUCACUCAAACGUCCAUCAAAGAUGCCGUCGCUACCAUCAGGUUUAAGCGCGCCUAAUUAGCAGCAGUAACAGUAACAACAAUAAGAACGCACAGGUUAUGCGGCUAACAAGAAAUUCAAUAACCACCACUACCCUCAAAAUAUAAUUAAUCCCCUCAAACCACUGACUUGUUUUCUUUCUUUGUACAACAAAUCAUUGCUCUUCGCUAGACACUUCUGAUGUCUGAAAAUGUGUAAAAUGAUUUUUAAGCAAUUUCGUUUUCUCAUUAUUUUCUUUCCUUUUCUCCCUUAAAGGACUAGCGAGCGCACAGUUUUUGUUUUUUUUUUCUUUCAAAUAAUUAAGCUUAAAGGAAGUCACUAUUUCAGCAAAUCUCGGAGAAUACCUCACUUCUGUUCUUGAGAUGCACACCUACAAACAUCUCCAUGCACAUAAAGAGUUCAAAAUCGUGACGUCAUGUUUGUACACGGAUACGCCUUUUUAACACAUAAUCUCAACUUCCCCACUGGUAUUCACGGGUAUUUCGAGAAGAAAAUAGCUGGUAUUUGUCCACACUUGGGCGAAUUGUGUCUUCAACUAACCCUUACUCAAUCAUUCAAACAAACAGUGCGCUAACAACUCUUUUAAGGGAUAAUUAAUGUCAAGCUGGCUGGAUAGUAACUUCAGAUUAGAAAUCACAGGUGCGCGCUAGUGAUUACGUGACUUUCUGCUAACCAAUCACCUCAUUCCGAGUAACACACACGAGAAGCCUGAAUACCACAAACUAAUUUAAGACGAGAGGACCACAAUUGCUUUUUCCGGUCAGUUUCGUUAGAAGUCUCCUUUACUGGUGGUGAUAUGAAACUCGGCUAGAACACCACCGGCACCUGGAAUAUUCCGCCACCUGCAGAGCAAUCCACACUGAUGACAUCACUAAAUGUUGGCAGCAGGCACAUGCCACGAGUAAAAAAAAAGGUUCGAUUCCACCUCAUCGGCAUUUCUUGCCUGCAAGCUAUUUGCUGUCAGAAAAAAAUAAUGAGGACGAACAUGCAGACGGCACGUCCUGGAGACAGCUUACCGGAUGUGGCAUUUGCUCGUUUUCACCUGCAGCAUGAUCCCCGCAUGAAAUGACUCCCGACAUUUUCUAGCUGUCAAGCACUCCUACUUGUGCGGACAAGGUUCAACAUCGUUCACUGCUCUGCACUGCCGCGCAAACCAACUUGGUUUUUACGGGAUGUUUGUGUCGCUUACAACCACAACCGACAGCGCCUUCACUCGUCAUCGACUGACCGGAAAUGACACGUGAAUGACAAGACUCCUUCACUCCCACCACGUGUUCUUAACAUGCAAAGCGAUGCGAGGAAACAGAUGCAGAGGAUCCAACCGUUUUUAAUGGCCUUCUUGUUCCGGCUAAUUACUAAUUUGAGAAUGACAACUUUGUCACUGUAAGUUGCAAGUUUCAAGGCGAUCGUGUUUUUUCUUCAUACUGCUGAUCAAAGUUUGCUAAAGAUUUUAUUUAACAUGCUUCAGGUAAUUUUUGUACAUGUUUUUGCAGUUAUGUAUAAAUUAAUAACAUUGUGACAUCGGUGACAUGGUAAUGCUUUUUGUAUAUAACUUAUUACUUUCAUGAAUUGCUAUAUUAUUAUGUGAAAUAUAACCUAUUACUUUCUGUACGCUUUAUUUGUUUGCCUCCGAAGUCAGGGAAAGAAUACCUCUUCACUAACAAAAACACUUUCGAUCUUUAAAAAGCCGCUAAGCGUUAAAGAGAUAUCAUUUCAGUUGCCAAUGAGAAGACAAUCCCUACAGGAUAGAGUAAUUUAUUCUGGUUCUCUAUUCCCGAAAUAUAAGAUUACAGAUUAUGACUUCAUGUCAUCUGAGGGAAGUAAAUUAUCCCCCUAAAUAAAUAUGGGGUUAGCGAGAAGAUGAGAAGGAAGACCAACAAUUAAAAGUGAUGUUCAGAUUUCCCAUUUCCCAGCGGUCAGACGGCGCCUGAGGCUGUGCCUCACAAGUCUACCAUUGUGAACAGACUCACAAACAAGGCGGCGUUCACGCACACCUCAUAAUCGCCAGGCAACACUACCAAGUGGACAGCUUGUCGCAGUCCUACUCUUCUGUACUCUAGUGCCAAACGUGUUGGGAGUUAUUGUGGUUUGUGAGCACCAUGAGUUACCUAAUUAGAAGACUUACUUUCUUUGCGAAACCUUUGUCAGGUCCGAUUACGCUGCACAGAAGCCGCUGUGAAGAAGAGCUAGGUGUGUAAUGAUCGUAAGAGGAAAGGCUAUGAGCAGAGUUAAUCGAAUGGAUUAAUCUAGAGUAGUUGUUGACAUCUGUCCUGGGCGCUUUCAUGGGUGCAAACUGUCGCUAAAAGGAAUGGAGGAGCUGAAGGAUUCAGCAGUGAGACGUCCUAAUUUGAAAGGUCGAGAAGAGACAACUCCGCUUAAUAUUCUCAAUGCCUGCAUGAGCUUUUGGUUUUGGUAAUUAUUGUACCAGCUAUUUUCUGUUUGAGUUAACAGGAUACCUUUGUUCUGACAUCUUGCUUUUUUAAUUAUAGAUGGAAUAUUUGUAUGACCAAAAUACCGCCGAUAAAUGUGCUUUUAAAUUUUA